AUGCGGGGGCACCGUGGUCAAGCCCCAGCCCCUGCUCUAACCCCAGCCCCUGCUCUAACCCCAGCCCCUGCUCUAACCCCAGCCCCUGCUCUAACCCCAGCCCCUGCUCUAACCCCAGCCCCUGUUCUAACCCCAGCCCCUGUUCUAACCCAAGCCCCUGAUCUAAUCCCAGCCCCUGCUCUAACCCCAGCCCCUGCUCUAACCCCAGCCCCUGCUCUAACCCCAGCCCCUGUUCUAACCCAAGCCCCUGAUCUAACCCAAGCCCCUGCUCUAACCCCAGCCCCUGAUCUAACCCCAGCCCCUGCUCUAACCCCAGCCCCUGCUCUAACCCCAGUACCUGCCCCUGCUCUAACCCCAGCCCCUGCUCUAAUCCCAGCCCCUGUUCUAACCCCAGCCCCUGAUCUAACCCCAGCCCCUGCUCUAACCCCAGCCCCUGCUCUAACCCCAGCCCCUGCUCUAACCCCAGCCCCUGCUCUAACCCCAGCCCCUGCUCUAACCCCAGCCCCUGUUCUAACCCAAGCCCCUGAUCUAAUCCCAGCCCCUGCUCUAACCCCAGCCCCUGCUCUAACCCCAGCCCCUGCUCUAACCCCAGCCCCUGCUCUAACCCCAGCCCCUGUUCUAACCCAAGCCCCUGCUCUAACCCCAGCCCCUGCUCUAACCCCAGCCCCUGCUCUAACCCCAGCCCCUGCUCUAACCCCAGUACCUGCCCCUGCUCUAACCCCAGCCCCUGCUCUAAUCCCAGCCCCUGUUCUAACCCCAGCCCCUGAUCUAACCCCAGCCCCUGCUCUAACCCCAGCCCCUGCUCUAACCCCAGCCCCUGCUCUAACCCCAGCCCCUGCUCUAAUCCCAGCCCCUGCUCUAACCCCAGCCCCUGCUCUAACCCCAGCCCCUGUUCUAACCCCAGCCCCUGCUCUAACCCCAGCACCUGCUCUAACCCCAGCCCCUGCUCUAACCCCAGCCCCUGCUCAAACCCAGCUCUAUUCUCUGGCCUGA